GCCGCCUGGGUUCGCGCCUGCGCUUCACCCCCGAGCCCGCGAGAGCCCCUGGGCGUGUGAACGCGGACAGGUGGCCUGCUGCUGGAUUCACCCGACGCUCUGCCUCUCCCUCUUUUCUAACACGGCCCCCGCACCGGAAAGCCAUCCAGCUCCUUAGAGGCAAACUGACGACAGCGGAAGCCUAAUCCUACUGUUUGGGCUGGGCUCGAGCUAGCAGCUCCUCCGCCCUGAGGGUUGCACGCAAGAGCCGGGUCAGCCUCUGGAAGGCUGAGCGUCGGGGCCACGCCGCAGCAGGCUGAGCGCGGCGCUCUCCGCGCCGGAGGAGACCCCGCAGCUGCCCGACGACGACGACGACGACUUGCGGGCGAGGCCGCGGGGCGCCCGAAGGUGCGGGCAGGUGCGGGGAGAGCGCUGCGCGGCGGCGACCAUGUCUGCGCCCUGCUGUGCCGGCCAGUUGGCCUGUUGCUGUGGUACCGCUGCAUGUUCCCUUUGCUGCAAUUGUUGCCCAAAGAUAAAGCAGUCGACCGGUACCCGCUUUAUGUACGCCUUGUACUUCAUCUUGGUGGCUCUCAUUUGUUGCGUCAUGAUGUCAGAGACCGUAGCAAAACAAAUGAAAGAACAUAUUCACUUUUAUGAAACAAUAUGUCAACAUAUUCAAGCAGGUGACUCCUGUGAGAAGCUGGUGGGCUACUCUGCAGUUUAUCGAGUAUGUUUCGGAAUGGCAUGUUUCUUUUUCAUCUUCUUUUUACUCACAAUUAAAAUCAACAAUAGCAAAAGCUGCCGUGCCUACAUUCACAAUGGAUUUUGGUUUAUUAAACUUUGCGUCCUGGCAGCAAUGUGCUCGGGAGCCUUUUUCAUUCCUGAUCAGGAUACCUUUCUUAAAGCAUGGCGUUAUGUUGGUGCUGCAGGAGGGUUUCUUUUCAUCAUCAUUCAGCUUAUCCUCCUUGUAGAAUUUGCACACAAAUGGAAUAAAAACUGGACAUCUGGCACAAGGCACAAUAAACUUUGGUACGGCUCCUUAGCUCUUGUGACUCUCAUAUUGUAUUCCGUCGCUGUUGGAGCUCUAGCUGUGAUGGCUGUCUUUUAUACCCGUGCUGAUGGCUGUACUUUUAACAAGAUCCUGCUUGGCAUCAAUGGCGGCUUGUGCUUGCUUAUUUCAGCAGUAGCCAUCUCACCCUGUGUCCAAAACCGUCAGCCUCAUUCUGGCUUGUUGCAGUCAGGCAUUAUCAGCUGCUACGUCAUGUACCUCACUUUCUCAUCUCUUUCAAGCAAACCUCCAGAAAUCAUCCUAGAUGAGAAUCAGAAGAAUAUCACAAUCUGUGUGCCUGACUUUGGCCAAGAGCUGCAAACGGAUGAAAACUUGGUGACUGGGCUGGGAACUACUAUUUUGUUCUGUUGCAUUUUAUAUUCCUGUUUGACCUCAACAACACGAGCAAGCUCUGAAGCACUGAGAGGGAUAUAUGCAACACCUGAAACUGAAGUGGCUCGCUGCUGUUUCUGCUGUACUCCUGAUGAAGAUGCUGAGGUUGAAGAGCAUGCUGGGAAAAAGAGCGGUCAGAAAGUAAUUUAUGAUGAAAAGAAAGGAACUGUGUACAGCUAUGCUUAUUUCCACUUUGUAUUCUUCCUGGCAUCUCUUUACGUGAUGAUGACUGUUACCCAUUGGUUCCAUUAUGAAAAUGCUGCAAUUGAAAAAUUCUUCGCUGGAACUUGGUCCAUAUUCUGGAUUAAGAUGGCUUCUUGUUGGGUUUGUGUCCUUCUCUACCUGUGGACUCUUCUAGCACCUUUCUGUUGCCCAACCAGAGAAUUCUCCGUUUGAGCCUGCCUCUGAUACAACUCCAUUGGUUUAAUAAAUCAAGAAGUUAUCUGGAUAAUCAUCUUCCUAACACUGAUGAUUAGGAUAAUGUUUGUCUCAUGGAACACUCUACACUUUGAAACCAAUUUUUUUAAAAAAUAUUUUUAUUAUCUGAAUUUAAAGGAGUCUGAAAAAACACAUCUAGUUCAAUGUGGCAAGUCACCCCGGAUCUUGAAUAUAUAUGCAUAUCGUUUGGCAUUCCAUAAUAAGUAAUAAACCUGAUUUUUAUUUAGAAUUAUAAAAAGGAGUUUAACACUUAACUGGAUGAGAUGUCAUAUUCAGUGGGAAGAAUAUGAGGUCAAGAAGUUUUUUGUUUUCCCUGUAAUAGAUCUCAUAGUAAAUUAUUACAAAUCUGGAUUGUGAAAGAAAAGGAUUUGUGGAUAUAAAAAUAUUUAUUUAUAUUAAUGAAAGGCACCUUUUAUGAAUCAUUGGGUGACAUGACAUGGAACCUGAAAAUUUGACUGGGAUGUGCAACACUGUAAAUGUUGAUGCAAUUAAUUAACUAUUAUGAGCCACUCUGGGACUAAAUGCAUCUAAUAAAGUAUUCGGUGUAGGAAUAGUGGGCAACAAAAUAAUUCUAUCUUAUCAAACAUUUUUAGUAAGUCUGUGGAAUCUUUUUUUCUCUCUCUCUCUUGCAACUCUCAGAUUUUUGGUUUCACCUUUAAAUAUAUUUUGAUGCAAUUAUAUCUAAAUUCAAUAGUAGAUAAAACAUUAGGAAAAAAAACAAUUUAAUUCAGUGUAAUUUUAAUAUCACAGUUUGAACUGCAUCUUUAAUUAACAUUUUGCAUUUCCAGUUUCUAAUUUGGCAGAAGCUCUUCCCAUGCCUACCGAAGUUCAUUUGGAGAUUCCUUAAUUAUUAUAACCAAAACAUGCUUCCUUGUCUGGAAGUAAGUCCCAUAGAAUACAUUAGAAGUAGAUUCAGAUUAGGAUUACAGUGCAAGUUAUUCUAAUCAUAAAUUCAAGGGUUAGCUUGCUAGGAAACAGGCAUCACUGCUUUUGAUUUAGCUGUGGAAUCUCAAUUGCUAGGAAAAUUGCACUAGAAUUAGUAGGACGAUGCUCUCGUGCUUGGGUUCUUACACAUUAUGUUAAUUACAACAGCAGCUUCCAUUUAAUAUUUUCGGAUAAGUGAAAGCCAACCACCUCUUGAUGAUAAAGAAGUGCCUAUUUUCAAAGCCAAGCAGACCAUAAAGGGCUGAACUAACAGACAAUAUCACUAUUUCUUUUUCAAUGUACUUACCUCUUUUUAUGUAUGCAUUUAUUCUUUUGCAUUCUGUGAAUUCAGAUCAUUUAAAAACAACAACGCAUCACCUGGAUGCCUCUCGCAGAACAUGCCUCCAUGUUUCCUUGAAUUAUUUUUGAAUAGCUGAAAUCUUUGAGCACAAAGGUUUUAAGACUUCUUAGAUAAGUUGUCUGACAUUGUUAAUGUGCUUUUUGAAAAGCUGAGAUAAGUUCUGAUUGAGGAAAUGGUACUAUUGCUACAAAAAAUUAGACUGUGCCCAGCUCCUUCUUAGAUUUAUUCCUAGGACAGCUCUUUUAGCCUCUACAUUUGAUGUCUGGAGAGGAAGAAAUUAACCUUUUAAUGCGUUGUAACUCUGUAUUUCACAGAGAAGAAAAAGGAGCGAGAGAGAGAAAAUGUUGUCAAAGGGAAUUGCAGGGACCAUUUUAAAAUGUACUGAACUUUUCAUGCUACUGAUACCUGCCUUUAGUAAUGUGCCUUUGUAUUUUACAGCAGGAAAAUUCUGCAGAUAAUAAGGUACAAACAUUUUAAGUCUAAAAGGGGCAUCAAUAUACUCCACUGAGUACUGUCCUUUAUUGUAUGAUGGGAAAGAUUUGGCAUGUUGGCUUAUUCGUACUGGUUUUGAUGGUUUUCAGAUGCCUCGAAACUGAUCUUUGCAAAUAACAGGAACUGAUAAUGUGAAGUGGGAAUGUGAAUCCCACAAAGUUAAGCAUUCUUAAAAAAACACAUCCCAAACUUGUUAGAUUCCGAACAGUUGGCUCCCCCUGCCAAAUUCAUUUUGCAUAUGGUAAUUAUUGUAGUUUAUAAGGUAUUUCAAUAAAUGCCUUGUAAAACAUACCCAUUUUUAAAGGUUAAAACCUACAGCUAGCAUUUCUGGUGCCUAUUUUAAGGGGGGGAGGGUCAGCGGUUUGUGGUAUAGCAGUAGUUUUUGCCACAGCUUUGCCAAAAGUUUUUAUCAGAAACAAAAUGGUUAUGGAAAAAUAGGUUAUCCGUGUAAUAUUGCCCACAAGUCUAAUUACAGUUUACUGUACUAGUGAAUGUUUCAUGACAGUGUUUUAGGGCCUGAUGUAGGGAAAGCAUGGAGCCCAGGUCUAGCAGGAAAUGAUGUGCACAAAUUCUGUUACCGCCAGGGGCAUGGGGGGGGGGGAAUUAAAAAAAAAAAGAAAAAGGGUGGGUGCAGUAGAAUUCAUGCGCACGCUGCCACCUUCCCUUUUCCUUUUCCUGCCCCCCUCCGCCCCCGUAGAUCCGUAGAUGUGCCUGAUUGCAGCUUUCCCCACACACUGCUAGGAAAAGCUGCUGUAUUAACACAAAUGGCAGUGAUGAAAAGGGAUAAGAUUCCUUUCCCUCCAUACUCAUUCAUUUCUGUGAAAUAAACCUCCUGGUAGAUUUAUAGCUAUGGAAGGAUACCCUAUGUGGGGUAUAAAAAUCCAGGUGAUCACUAACUGGCAGCAAGAGUUAAGAGCAUCUCUUCUGACAUCUAGUGGAUGUCUGGAUGUUUGCAACCCAAAUAUGGUACACCUUAGCUAUGCCCUUUCCUAAAGCAGUUCUUUAAAUGUACCACCAACUUUUAAUACUUUAACUUCAGAAACUAAUACUUCCUCUACUAUUUUUAUUUACAGCAUUUUCAUCUUGGGAAAGUUCUUCAUAACCAGUUCUUUUUAAAGUUUUUUUUAUCUUUUGAUACAAUGUUGAUCUUUUCUAAAUAUCUGGGGAUUUUAUUCAGAAUUGUACCUAAAACAUUACAGUUUUUACUUGCAUCAAAUUUAAGGCUAUAUUGGGGGGUUAAUGGUUGAGACUUUGAGACAAGUCCAUAGUAUAAGUCAAGCAACUUGUGUUUUUAAAGCAUUUUGUUGGGUUUUCAAUAAUAACUUCAUAUUCAGAAGGUAUUAUAGAUGUACUUCUUUGAUCAAUAAACUUCACUUUGUUAGAAAUUUCA